GUGAAGAUCGACGAAGAUACGCGGUAUCGAGCUAUCAUAAAACAUCUACACGCGAAAGCAUGUUCGAUGCACUGGAUGAUACCGGGCCCUGUGCCCCCAGGUCUCUGCGCAGGCGUCCUGAUGCGAAAGGCGCAGGGUGAAUUUGCUUCGGAGCCGAGACACGUCGACCCAGAGCUGCUGGAGGCCGUCAAGAAGAUCAACCCUGGAGUCGCGUUGACUAUGUCCACGGAAGGCACCGGCGCUGUGUUCGACGUCCUCGAGCCCAACGAAACCGAGUUGCUGUUCCAGAAUGGCUCCCAGAUCCAGAUCUACGAUUCCAUGGCCGACAUUGCACAGUCCAGCACCAUCAGGAAGUACCAGUACGCGGCCCUCGUCCGCCAGGAAAGGGUACUGCUCGUGUGGCACGACGACCUUGGUGCCAUCUUGUCGCAGGCCCUGGAAAUCGAGUCGAGGAUGCUCGCGCUCAUCUGGGGUUCAGCGAAGAACCCCUUCGGCGGUGCCACCAAUCCCUUCUCCACAGGCGCCAACUCUUACAUGGCUUCCGAGGUCAACCUGUCGCUGGAGAAGGAGAAAGAGGCCGAAGUAAAUGUCGACGAGGUCUCAAAGGACGGCGAUCUGGAAGCUGGUCCGCGCGAGUCACUUGCGCGGCCCCUCAUCCUCACCAGCUCCAUAUUCGUCGGCUUCGCUGCCAUGGGCAUCAUCCUACUUGUAAUCGGACUCGGCAACCGUGCCCUCCUUUUACAGACCAUGACCGACGGUUUCUACGCCCGCAUGGCAUUAGUCGCAACGGAACCAGUAUUCUUGUUGUUCGGUCUCUUCUUCAUCAUCGUCGUGUUUGGCAACAUCUUCCAGACCAUGGGGCCCAUCACCAGCAUUAAGACCAACUCUCGCUUCUACUCCGCCGUCAAGCCCAACCUCUCGUACGCGCGUACACUCGGGUUCCGACCACCGCCGAUCACCAUUCAGAUGCCCAUCUACACAGAGUCAUUGACAGGUGUGGUCAAGCCCACGGUGUCCAGCUUGCAAGCUGCCAUUUCGUAUUACGAGUCCCAUGGUGGCACUGCGCGUAUCUUCGUCAACGAUGACGGCAUGGCCGUACGAAGCGCGGAGGACAACCAGGAGUUCCUUGAAUUCUACGAGAACAACAACAUCGGUUGGGUAUCGCGCCCCAAGCACAAUCACGAGGGUUUCAUCCGCCGCGGCAAGUUCAAGAAGGCAUCCAAUAUGAACUUCGCCUUGAACGUCUCGAACAGAGUGGAGGAUAUCCUGCAGCGGCUGAUUGACGCCCGUGGCGAGAAGGACGAUGCCAUCACCGAAGACGAAGAGGACAGGCUCUACAAGCAGGCCCUGAAGCAAGUUCUCGACUCCGAUCCGCGGGCCAAAGCUGGCGGCAACAUCCGCAUGGGCGAAAUCAUCCUGAUCGUCGAUUCCGACACCCAGGUCCCCGAAGACUGUCUUAUGUAUGGCGCGGCCGAGAUGUUCCUUUCGCCAGAAGUCGCUAUCAUCCAGCACAGUACUGGUGUCAUGCAGGUCUCUUGGGAUUACUUCGAGAACGCGAUUACAUAUUUCACCAACCUCGUGUAUGGCGCAAUUCGAUUCGCGGUGGGUAGCGGCGAGAUCGCUCCUUUCGUCGGUCAUAACGCGUUCCUCCGGUGGCAGGCGGUGCAGGCGGUCGGCGACCCUCCAGAGGAAGAUGGAUAUGUUGCAUUCUGGUCCGAAAGCCACGUCUCUGAGGAUUUCGACAUCGCGCUCCGAUUGCAGAUCAACGGCAAUAUCGUCCGUCUCGCCAGUUACCACGGCGCCGGCUUCAAGGAGGGUGUCUCGCUGACUCUCUAUGACGAGCUGAAUCGCUGGGAAAAAUACGCGUACGGGUGCAACGAGCUCGUGUUUAACCCCAUCUACACCUGGCUGUGGCGAGGACCCUUCACCAAGCUGUUCCGAACCUUCCUCUGGUCCAACGUGCAGCUCUCGUCGAAGCUGACUAUCAUUGGCUACAUUUCGUCCUACUACGCCAUCGCCUCAGCCGUUCCAUUCGGUAUCCUCAACUACUUUCUGGUCGGCUGGUUCAACGGUGACCUCGACAAGUACUACGUCGAGUCCUGGAAGGUCUUCGUCACGCUCAUCGUCGUCUUCAACCUCAUGUCCAACAUCGCGCUUGCGGUGCUGAGAUAUCGCCUCGGAGAAAUGGGCCUGUUCCAGUCGCUUCUCGAAAACUUCAAAUGGAUGCCGUUCUUCGUCAUCUUCUUUGGCGGCCUCUCCUUCCACGUUGGUAUGGCGAUCUGUGCCCACAUGUUCAGCAUCGACAUGAGCUGGGGUGCAACCGCAAAGGAGAAGGACGACUCCAACUUCUUCAAGGAGCUGCCUAAGAUCUGGUCGCGAUUCAAGUGGAUGUACAUGCUGAUGAUCCCGUUGGUCGGCGCAAUGAUCUACCUCGGCUGCUUUGCUCCACAUGGAUGGGAAAUCGACGGCGUCACCGCUGUUGUGCCCAUGGCCAAUCUCAUCAUCGGGCAUGCACUGUUCCCCUUCGCGCUGAAUCCGUCAUUGAUGGUGUUCAACUACUAGACGUAUCGAUACCGCAUAGAGGCUUGCCUUGGCUAGACUGGUGUUGGGUGUUAUCCAGACGGGUUUGUUCAUUCGACGGGCAACAACGUUUUAUGAUGUACAAAAGGGUUCAUGUAUCCAAUUUGAUCGACGGCAACGAAGGACGGACCUGGAAAUAGGUUAAUGUGUAAUCUUAAUAUAGGGCCGCCUUCCAACCACUGCACUUACCAAAACAAUGCCAGAGAGCUGUAUGCUGUUUACAGCGAAUGGUCUCCCAGCUGCGCC